AUUUUUUGCUAUAGCAUCCGACUCCAACGCACCGCAUUUCCCAGAAAAGAAACCGCGCCACCUGGUCAGUAAAUUCCUCCUGGGCUUGAUCGUCUCCCUUCCCUUCUACUGCAAAAACUCUCUCAGAACUAAGAUUCCAGAACUUGAGCUUAUUUAUAAAACCGAUUUUCCUUUAGUUUAUACAUUAUUUUUCAUCUUGAGAAAGCAGAAGCUUCCGGGAGAAAUGCUCGGAGAUGGAGAAGAAACUCCUUGCAGAUAUGAAUUGCUGAACAUGGUUAAGAAGCACUCCAACUUAAUAGGACAAACUGAGGUUGAUGAGCAAGAUGCUUCGGAUGUAGAAAUGGAUCCUCGUUUUUGGCACGAUGUAAUGGAUUUGUAUUUUAUUCGUGGUAAGGAAUCAAGGGGGCGACAAGACGACGAUCUCGUAUUUUUUAUUAGAAAAGUGAAAUCUCAAGGAUAUGGGAACGAUGAUGAUAAUGGAGGCACCUCACCUUAUUUUGUUCGCAGGUGGGCAUCUAAGGUACACAAUNUGGUUGGAGAUGCUUCAGUAGAUGUUGAUUGGAGGCGCUCAUUUUAUUUGAACUUGAUUGCUCACAGUUCAUUUACUGUGACUGUGGCAAUUUGCAGUCAUCUGGUUCUUCGAAAUCAUCAAGCUGGACAUACUACAUCAUUGUCUCCUAUAUAUAAGGUUGUAAAGACUGUAUAUGCAUCUCCUAGCCGUGUCAAUUUUCAUUUGGAUUCUAAAAAGGAAGUGGAGACAACACCUGCAUAUCCAGAUAUUUGUUUUGCAGUUGAUGACUUUGACUCCACCUUUGAUGCAGUGGUCUUAACAGAGACUGACCAUUGCUAUUGUGUACUUCUCAAUGCACAUGGUGGUGCAGCUUUUCCCGGAAAGGAGAAUGCAGAAAAUUGCAAUUCUAGUAAUCUUAUGGCCUCAUGUACGGAUUCUGAUCCUCAAAGUAUGAAGGAUUCCAAGAUUACUCUUUUCUCUGGAUUUGUCAGCUACCAAAUGGUUCGAGAUGCAUAUGACGCUGGCAAGUCUAGAUUUGGCAGCCUUCUCUCUCUUGGUCAUGCUUCUGGCAAAACAGACAAAAUUUACAUGAAGGGACCUGGAGGACGUGGGGAAGUUGAAGUUGCUGUUUCUGGUGUUGCAGAUCAAAGCCUGCAGGAUUCUGGGCCCUUUUCACCCGUAGUAUCAAAGAGAGGAUUUGGGAUUGGCACCAUAGUUAGAAAAGCAGCAUCUGUAGCAACUGUUGCUGCAAAACAAGCUUAUGCAGCUGCUAGUAGCACUAGUUCUGAUGACGAGAUGAUACCUCUCAAGUGUUGCUUGAUGUCCAUUUCGUUGCCCUGGGAAUACAUCGCACACGAUCUUUUGUUCAAGGGAAGUCCGCCAGUGAACUUGUGAGCAUCAUAGGUUUCCGUCACUGAGAUAUAAACUGAAGUGGAACUCACCUUUGGAAGGCUCCAAAGUUUCAGGGAGGUACUCCUUGUACGCACACAACAUGAAAGAACUAUUUGUAAAAUUUGAUUGUAUUUGGAUUAUUGUUGUUAUUUGCAUAGUUUUGUGUCGGGUAAUAGAGAGGAAUCUUGCUGAAGAGAUCUUGUGGAAUUUAACUGUGUAGCAAGCGCUUGAUUCAAUUCAUAAUCACCUACUUAGCAGCAGGCGCAAUUUCUUUUCUUUCUUUUUUUUUUUUAGUCAAAGACAAUAGGAGGUUAGAGAUUUCAAUUCCUGAUGGGUAAUUUAAACGAAGUUCAAGCUAUCUUUCA